CCCGAAGCUGGCGGGGAACGUGAACAUGAGCUCCCCGCGCCAGGCGGCCCUGACCUGGGCCCUGGCCCUGUUUUUGGCCCUGCAGCUGCGCAGCCUGGAGGCCAGGGCCCACAGAGCCACGGACCCUGACUUUCAGGAGGCCUACUUCGAGCAGCUCCUGGACCAUUUUAACUUCGAGAGGUUUGGGAACAAGACCUUCCGCCAGCGGUUCCUGCUGUCAGAGAAGUUCUGGAAGAGGGGCGAGGGGCCAAUAUUCUUCUACACGGGCAACGAGGGGGACGUGUGGUCCUUCGCCAACAACUCAGGGUUCAUCCUGGAGCUGGCGGCGCAGCAGGGGGCCCUGGUCGUCUUUGCCGAGCACCGGUACUACGGAAAGUCUCUCCCGUUCGGUGAGCGGUCCAGGUGCCGCGGGUACACGGAGCUGCUGACGGUGGAGCAGGCCCUGGCCGACUACGCGGGGCUGCUCCGGGCACUUCGGCAGGAACUUGGGGCCCAGGACGCCCCCGCCAUCGCCUUUGGCGGGAGCUAUGGGGGGAUGCUCAGCGCCUACAUGAGGAUAAAGUACCCCCACCUCGUGGCGGGGGCACUGGCGGCCAGCGCACCCGUCGUCGCGGUGGCAGGCCUCGGUGACCCCUACCAGUUCUUCCGGGACGUCUCGGCGGACUUUGAGGGCCAGAGUCCCAAGUGUGCCCAGGCCGUGCGGGACGCCUUCCGGCAGAUCAAGGACUUGUUCCUACAGGGAGCCUAUGACACGGUCAGCCAGGAGUUCGGCACCUGCUGGCCACUCUCUGGCCCGGGGGACCUGACCCAACUCUUCGGGUUUGCCCGGAAUGCCUUCACCCUGCUGGCUAUGAUGGACUACCCGUACCCUGCCGACUUCGUGGGACACCUUCCUGCCAAUCCUGUCAAGGUUGGCUGCGACCGACUGCUGAGUGAGAGCCAGAGGAUCAGGGGGCUCCGAUCGUUGGCCGGCGCCCGGCCCCAGGACCCCUCUCCCCCAGGCCUGGUGUACAACUCCUCGGGCACGGAGCCCUGCUAUGACAUCUACCUGCAGUACCAGGUCUGUGCCGACCCCACGGGCUGCGGCUUGGGCCCUGAUGCCAAGGCCUGGGACUACCAGGCCUGCACUGAGAUCAACCUGACGUUUUCCAGCAACAACGUGUCGGACAUCUUCCCUGACCUGCCCUUCACUGAAGCCCUGCGCCAGCAGUACUGCCUGGACACGUGGGGCGUGUGGCCCCGGCAGGACUGGCUGCAAACCAGCUUUGGGGGAGGCGACCUCACAGCUGCCAGCAACAUCAUCUUCUCCAACGGUGACCUGGACCCCUGGGCAGGGGGAGGGAUUCAGAGCAACCUGAGCAUGUCAGUCCUCGCCAUCACCAUCCACGGGGGAGCGCAUCACCUGGACCUCAGAGCGUCCCACCCAGAAGACCCCGCAUCUGUCGUGGAGGCGCGCAGGCUAGAGGCCACCCUCAUCGGCAAGUGGGUCGAGGCAGCCAGGCAUGAGCAACGGCUGCGGCUGGCACAGCACGGGCUCCGAGGCUGAGGGGUGCUCACCCUGCAGGACCAGAGAGGACUUGGCUGGGAGCUUGAGGCGGGUGAGGGGGGGAGGAGCCCCGGCCCAACCUCCUGAACCUGGAGCUCAGCCAGGGUGGGCAGGGCCUUUCCCGAGGGAGAGGCCGGACAAACACUGGUGGCCUGUCAGGCACGUCCUGUCCCAUGUCCUGUCCUGUCUUGAGGCCCUGGACACAGUGAAUGCGCUCACACCACCUCCUAAACUCAGCUGAUAAAUAAAGCAGGGUCCUCGGCUCCCA